AUGGUUGAUAUAGGUGCCCCUGUCAAUAUUGAAAGCUUCUAUAAGUUCACGGACGACGUGUCCAAUCCAGAACUAUUCGAAUCCUGGAAGCCUAAAAUCAAAGCUUACCUUGAAGAUCUAGAUAAGGAAUCACCCGCACAAUAUAAAAUUCCCGAAAAGGAAGUUCCCGAGGAUCUCGAUGAGAAAUCCUUUAGCACUAUUGAAUACUUGAAAGAUACCAUGUAUUUGACCGAUUCAGAUAAGAAAAUUACAGAAAUGUCUGUGGUGGAUUUAGCUAAAAAUAUUACUUCCAGGAAAUUGUCGUCUGUGGAGGUCAUGAACUCAUUUGCUCACAGAGCUAUCAUUCUCAACCAGUUCACAAAUUUUGCUUCCCAGUUCUUCAUUAAAGAAGCGAUGAAUACAGCAAAGCUUUUGGAUGAGUAUAUCAACAACACUGGUAACGUCAUUGGCCCAUUACAUGGUAUUCCAAUCUCGGUUAAAGAGCAGAUUGGUAUGGCAGGUAAGAUUACUCAUGGUGGUUGGGUUGCUUGGCUUGACUAUAUUCCAGAAGAGGAUGCUACCACCAUCAAAGUGCUUAAGAAGCUUGGUGCAGUUCUUUAUGUAAGAACCAAUGAGCCUCAAACUCUUAUGCAUUUGGAUUCUAACAACAAUAUUAUUGGCCGAACUAGAAAUCCUUACAAUUCAUUGCUAAGUUCAGGAGGCUCUUCAGGAGGUGAAGGUGCGUGUGUUGGUGGCAGAGGAUCUGCGAUUGGAGUUGGUUCGGAUAUAGGGGGUUCGAUUCGUGCACCCGCAGCUUUUUGUGGCUGCUUUGGUCUUAGACCCUCCACCAGAAGAAUCUCUACCGCUGGCGGUGUAUCCUCUGGCAGGGGCCAAGAGUCAGUUGUUGCUGUUGAGGGCCCAUUAGCACAUACAGCAAAAGAUAUAGAUUACUUUAUGAAGAGUUAUAUUAACGCUGGAAAACCUUGGGAAGAUGACCCCUGGUGUAUGCCAAUGCCUUGGAGAGAGGUCGCCAAGCCUGAACCUAGAGAUGUCACCGUGGCAAUUAUGUAUGACAACGGUAUGGUUAAACCCCAUGCUCCCAUUUCCCGGGGAUUGAAGACUGUGGAGGGCAAGCUAAAGUCUUCGGGAGUUAAAGUGAUCAAGUUUGAACCGCUUAUGAUCGAGGAGGCAUACGACGUGUGUCACCAGCUUUACACUUGCGAUGGUAACAACGCUCAGAAGGAGAUGUUGAAGCCUUCUGGUGAGCCUCUUUUACCUUUAACCAAAUGGGCAAUGUCCAUGGGAAAUGGUGAUAAAUGUCUUAGUAUAACUGAAAACAGGUCCCUAAACGCUAGACGAGACACUAUAAGAGCAGCAUACAACAAAUACUUUAUCGAGAAAAAGGUUGAUUUUGUUAUCUCUCCAACCUAUGUUGGUGUUGCUCCUUGUGCUAUCGAAAACGGUAUUGCAGGUCCUUAUUAUUGGGGCUAUACAUCUCUUUGGAACCUUUUAGACCUGCCUACAUUGGUGGCUCCAACAGGAUUGUACCAAUAUCCUCCUUCUGAUUUGAAAGACCCAUCCUACAAGCCUAGGUCACCUAUUGAUGAAAUUGAGCAGAACAAAUACAUCCCAGAGUUGUUCAGAGAUGCUCCUAUAUGCCUUCAAAUUACAGGUAGAAGAUACUUCGACGAGGAGGUAGUUUCAUUCGGAGAACUAUUUGAAGAGAUCAUGAAAAAUAAAAGCUGA